ACUAGGUAAAUAGCUAGUUUCAAACAGACAAGUAUAGGUUUUUAAGCAGUGGGUACUGUACUGGGUACCUGGGUACUGCACGCCUCCAAUGGGCAGGUCACGAUUUUGUUGUCAAUUACAUGUUACACUAAGUUUGGUGACAAAUGUGAAUUCUUAGUGUUACAAUCUCGAAAAAAAAAAGCAUCAUCGUUCCAGGUGCUGCUGCUGUUGUGAGCACUUAUACUAGGGUGGUGCGCUGCAUAAAAAAGUUCAAGGAGACGCAUCAGCUCAGUGAAAGAGAGAUACACAUAAAUAUAUAUAUAUAUCGAGAGAAAGAGAUAGAGAGUAGGCGAGAGCGAGCGAGCAAUAAGCAGUUUGCAUCGCGACUAUCGCGAGCACCUCUACUCCUGGGUUCUAAAGUGCCAAGGGGCAGAGAGAGCAAGAGCAAGAGAAAAAAAGCAACUCUGGAGGUGCAGGUGUGGUGUGACGCCAACCGAGGAUCUACGAUACCGGAGCGCUGUCUCUGCGUAGGAAAGGAGCGGCCAAGGAGUUCCUUGGUGAGUUCGUAGGCGCAGCUGGUCGUCCGGUCGCGCGAGACAGGCAGCUCGAUAACAUGCCAGGCCUCAUCGCCAUUAGCGACUUUAUCGAGGAGACCAGAGGCGACUACAACUCGCCGACCACGUCGACCUUCGUUUCCAGGAUGCCGCAGUGCAGACAGACUAUCGCCGCCCUCGAGGAGACUCUUGAUUUUGAUCGAGAUGGACUCACAAAGCUUAAAAAAGCUAUCAAAGCAAUCUAUAAUUCCGGAAAUGCGCAUGUUGACAAUGAAAUGUACUUGGGGAGAGCCCUUGAAAGAUUGGGCGAUGCUGCACUCAAGGAACAGGAACCAGACAUUGGUGCAGCAUUUCUUAAAUUUGCUGUUGUUACCAAAGAAUUAAGUGCAUUAAUGAAAACAUUGAUGCAAAACAUUAGUAAUAUAGUAAUGUUUCCGUUGGACUCUGUAUUAAAAGGUGACUUGAAAGGAGUUAAAGGUGAUCUCAAAAGACCUUUUGACAAAGCCUGGAAGGAUUAUGAAGCAAAGUACGCGAAAAUCGAGAAAGAAAAAAAACAACAUGCUAAAGAGGCUGGCCUCAUUCGUACAGAAAUUACUGCGGCAGAAGUUGCUGAUGAAAUGGAAAAAGAAAGGCGACUUUUUCAAUUGCAAAUGUGUGAAUAUUUAAUUAAAGUUAACGAAAUCAAAACUAAAAAAGGAAUAGAACUUCUUCAACAUUUGGUUGAAUAUUAUCACGCACAAACAAACUAUUUUCAAGACGGACUGAAAACAAUAGAACAUUUUGGUUCUUAUGUAGUAGAUGUAAGCAUGAAACUGCAAAAAAUCAGACAGGCCCAAGACGAAGAAAGAAAACGCCUAAUGGAACUUAGGAGUUUACUAAAAAGUUCUGGGUGCGAUAAAGAGUUGAACACAAACGCUAGCAGUGGUUAUUCGCUUCAUCAGUUGCAAGGUGAUAAGCAACACGGUGUUACUCGUACCGGGCAUCUCUUAAAAAAGAGUGAAGGCAAAAUGCGACGAGUUUGGCAGAAGCGAAAGUGUUCGGUGCAGGCAGAAGGAUAUUUAAACAUCUGUCAUGCCGACGAGAACAAGUCCCCGACGAGGGUGAAUUUAUUAACGUGCCAAAUUAAACUGGUACCUGACGAUAAAAGAAGCUUUGAUCUUAUAAGUUACAACAGAACUUAUCAUUUUCAAGCGGAGGACGAAUCGGAUCAGCGGGCGUGGAUGUCCGUCCUAGUCAACUGUAAAGAGCGUGCUUUAUUGAGAGCUUUUGAUGCUAGCGGCAAACCGGAAGCGAAUCAUGGCAAUCCUAGUUUGGUCGAGCUCCAACAAGCCAUUAUACGGUGUGUUAUGAGGUUACCUGGUAACGAUAAGUGCUGUGACUGUUCAUCGCAAAACGAUGCAACUUGGCUGUCGACAAACUUCGGAAUAAUCGUUUGUAUAGAAUGUAGCGGUAUACACAGGGAUCUGGGUGUGCAUAUAUCCAGAAUACAAUCUUUGACGCUCGAUAAUAUAGGCACAUCUCAGUUAUUGUUAGCACGGUACAUGUCGAAUCAAGCUUUCAACGAAGUUAUGGAAGCAAUGUUACGUCAUAAUUUUAAACCUUCUCCCACAUCAACAAUGGAGGAACGGUACGAAUUCAUUAGAGCCAAAUAUGUAGAUAAAAAGUACAUACAGCGGACGUGCGUUAACGACCAAGAUCUGCUGUCGGAUCUCGAGCAUGCUGUAAAUAACCGAGAUUUGCAUCAUUUGUUGCAAGUUUGCGCGGAAAACGUAGAUUUAUCGGCUAGCUUACCCACAUCGGAUUUGUGCGAAACUGGUCUUCACUUGGCGAUUCUGCGUGAAAUGGGCAACAGUUUGCACAUUGUCGACUUUCUGAUUCAGAAUAUGCCGACGGGCACAAUAGACAAAACCACGACGGAAGGAGAUACGGCACUGCACCUUUCGGCCAAGCACGAUAAAGCAGAGGCCAUGAAACUGUUACUUAAGGCAGGAGCCGAUCCAACCCUCCGCAACAAACAGGGAAAAACUCCUCUUGAUAUCGCUCAAGAAGUAGGUCAUCAUACGUGUCAAGAAUUGUUGAAUCAUGCCCUACAGCGACAAAAAACGCUGUUCGACAACGUAAACGUCGAUUGGAAUCUUUCCCAUGAUGAAGCUUCAACGGACUUUUCUGACGAUGAAACCAUCAUUGAGGAAAGAAACGGUUGUUCGACGCCGGAAAAAAAGCUUCGCAGCAGACCACCAUCGUACGCAGGUGGGACAGAGACGGGGGUGACGGAUUCCCCGGUCACACUGCGCAGUCGAAGUAGUACCUGCGAUAGUUUGCAAAGUGGCUUGUCGCCGGGCUUUUGCACGAGCAAAGAACAAAUGCCACCGCCUCUGCCACCACAAAUGAAGAAACCCGUUAUAGCAAUGACACGAUUGUUUGUAGUCCCGACGCCCGUCGUGCCCGACAUUUCGAUGAAUUUUCACGGCUCAUUGAAAAAACGAGUAGCACCGCCCCCGCCUGCCGGGGGCCUCGACGCGUCGACAGUCGGUACCGGGGGAUCCUCUAGCGGAGGCAGUGGUCUCCUGUCGUCGCACUAUGGCACCUUGCCAACGGCUUCACACAGCCGGACGACAAGUGAGCCCAUUCACAUCAGUAGUAUCGACAAAAUUGGUAUGAACACAUCGACGCUGCAGAGGCCGCGGAAUCCGCCCCCACCUGCUCCCUCUUCCAUCUGCUCGAGCGUGACUGUGACGACGUCGACGACGCCGGCCUCGGCGAUGGCGAGGCUAUCCGCUGCCACCGAUGACGCGACCAAUGACUCGAUUUCCCUCAACAGCGCGUGCUCGGACAUUGGCUUGGGUAACCCGCUGCCGCCACCCAGAAAGCCAUCAGCGGGGCAGGCAGCGUCAACGGCAGUCGGCACAGCAGCAUCAGGAGGAGCAGCAUCGGCCGGUUACGCCGGGGCCAGUACUGGUGGCAGCCUUGGGCCGGGAGGCGGCGGGCUGCGUCGCUGCCGGGCGCUCUACGACUGCGAGGCAGACAACGAGGACGAACUAUCGUUCCACGAAGGCGACGUCAUCGUCGUCACGAACGAGCACACCGACGACGACAACUGGAUGGAGGGCUUCCUAGAGCGCGCGCCCGAGCGCAGGGGCAUGAUUCCCAUCAGCUUCGUCCACAUGCUGCAAGAUUAAAGGGACAAUCCAUUCUGUUUGUUUUGACUUUCGUGAUUGUUUUUUAUUUAUUUACUUUUUUUUUUUUUUUUUUUUUUUUCGGGGGAGU